AUGAACUCGACGACGGACGAAGAGGUCGUGACGCCUUCAGCUGCCGAGCAAGGAUGGCCCCUGUUUCUGACCUUUUCUGCUGUUGGCAUGACCGCCCUUUCGACUGUCGCACUCAUCGUCAACCUGUACCUGCUCAUCGUAAGUCUCACUGAAAUAUUUGAUUAACAAGAAAGGUCAAAUCUCUUUAGUUGUUGAAAUGUCAUUGAAAUCGUCAAAAACACUCUUCAAUGUACUACAUCGACAUCUUGAAAUUUCAACUCUAGUUGUUCCGCUACCAAAAGACUCAAAACUUCAGCCUUUUCAUAUGGUGUCAAACUUUUGAAUCCUUUUUUCAAGAUUUGGAAGUUGAUCAGGCCGACAUAAGCGAAGCUCUAGAGUUUUGUUAGAAAGUAUCAAAGAUAAGUGAUUUCGAGAAAAAAUACAAGCUCAAUCUGGGAAUGCUCAACCUUUGCAAAAGCCAGUUGAAAUGAUUUCAUGUUUCGAGCAAAUUGACAAAACUUUCCAUGAAGCCUGGAUUCUAGCUAAGCAGCUGACCAUUACUUAAGAAAGGCAGAUAUUUUACUUCGUGACAUUCAAAACAUUUCUCAGUGAAAUUAUCCGAUAGAAUGUGACUUGAACUGAGUGAAUUCAAAGAUUCUAGAAUGACUCAACAUAAAAUAUUUCGUUUUGUGUAUCAUUUAUUUUAGUGACAUCCAAAACAUUGAGAACAGAAAAUGGGAAAACUCAAAAAGUUUGACAAUAAUAUUUUGGUUCUUUCUUAACUAGCAAGCUGACUUUCAGUCUCCAACCGAAAGUUCAAAUGUGGGAGAAUGAACUUUAAAUUGCGUCCUCUUUGCUCAGUUCGUUAAGAUAAUUGUGGCUGGUUCACUCAUAGUAAGGAUUAUUAGAAUCAGCUGAGUUGCAUGGAAGUUCAAAGCGUGUGGGCAGUGAUAUAUGAGGUCAAAUUCAGAGCUCACCUAGAAAUUCAGACUUUUACUUUGAAACGUUUUCAAAGCAAUUGUUUUUAUUUGCCGUCUUUUUUUAAAAGCCCGAAAUCUGAACGCCGGCAUGUAAUAAUUUUUUGCAAUCUGAGCGAAUCAAAGUGAUACAAUUUGAAAAAGGGCAAUGUAUGGAUUCAAAAAAAAGGUACCGAAAAAGUUUUAAUAAAUUUUUUUAACAGGAACAUAUCAAUAGUUUUUUGCAACCUUUUCAUUUGGUACAUUUGGAAUUUUUGAAAAAUAUUUAUGUUGCAUUUGAACUAUUGAAUGUAAAUCAUUACUCUCCAUUUUCAAAAACCGGACCCUAAAUGCUCGUUUCUUAAAAGAUUGUGUCUAAAGUUCAAAAAAUUUAACAAGAUUUGACAUUCCGACAGUUUACCUAACGAAUUGAAAAGUCAUUGGUAAAAUAUUUAAAUAUUUUUUAGAAUCCAGAAAAACUUUUGUGAAACUCGUUUUGGACGCCUCCAAAAAAGUGUUUUUCUAGUGCUCGCGCUACCUCCGACGUCCGAUUGGAGUGAACCUCCGACUUUGCGUGAGCCUGACAGCCUCGGACGCUCUGUGUGCUGUUUUCUACAUUCUGACGUUCCUGGUGAACGUCUUUUUCAGGGGCUACGUGUCUGACUGCAUUUCCCUUCUUCUCGAGGUCUCGAAAAAGUUCAUCACAAUUUCAAUUUGUUAUUUUGCGCGUUCAGGUCUGCAAAUUGUCUACGUUCACCGCCUCCGUUUUCACUCUCCUUGCGUUGGCUUUGAACCACUACGUUGGAAUCGUGUACCCUCUGCAGAGGUCAUAAUUAAAAUAACGCUAAUUAACGAACCAAAAGUUAUUUUAGAAACGCCAUCACGCCGAAAACAGUGAAAAGCGCAAUUAUCAUUGCGUAUUUGAUUCCUCUUUCGGCUUAUUUGGCUCUUUUCGUCAUUUUUCCUGGAGGUUUGCAUAAUAACUAUCAUAACUGGGAAAUGAAAGAAUGGAAAAGAUUUUUCGAAGGCAAACUCUUGAGAAAGUUCAAAAGCAAAAAAUAAAAUACUUGAAGAGUUCUUGAAAAAUGCCUAUUUUUCAGGACUCCGAGCCAAUCCAGGAUUCUCGAUAGUUUCUUUGGACGGCUGCAGAGACACUACCAUCUACAGUAAGAUAUUUCAUUGGUGGUUGGAAAAAUAUGAGAGUUUUCCAGGAAACAGCGUGUUCCGAUGCACGUUGGUGGCGCCUUUCAUCUUCUUCGUGAUUCUGAUUUCUUUCCUCUACCUGCAUAUCUUAUGCCACAUGAGACAUAUUGCCAAAGAUCCGUUGUUGAAAACAAACAACAAAAGUAAGAGAACGAAUAGAAAACUGCUCGUGACGCUCAUGUUGCUUGCUGGAUCUGCCUGUGUUGGUUCGUCUUGAAUCGUGGAAGAUGGAUGAAAUUUUUUGAUUUUCAGGAUGGCUUCCAACUUCUUUGAACUUUGUCAUGCCUAUCAUUUUACCAAUGAGCAACCAGGCUAGAAUCUACGCAGGGUAAGAAUUAUCAAAAGCUCAAAAAAAAAAAAUAUUAAUAGCUUUUUUGCGGCUUCUUUAAAGUAGAAAGGUUUCAAAACAGAGGGAAAUAAUUGGAAUUGAUGUUACAGGGCGUAAGUAGUUUCUGGUCGGCAGCACCAAGUUUCCGUAGCAAACUUCACUUUCUUCUAAUACGAAAAAAAUGAUUUGUGUGUUCCUACGUAAUAACUUGAAUAAGUCUUACUGAUGAUCUGCGUCCUAACUUUUCUGGACAAUUGUCGCCAAACAACAAAAACCGAGAUAAUGAAACUUUUAAGAGCUAAAUAAACGGAUAAAAUCAGAAAUUUGCCUGAUCUCAAAAAAAAGACGUUAUGAUAUGGAAACUUUUUGUAUCAACCCUAUCGAGUGCCUUUCAAGGAGAUAGCAUUUCAGAUUCAUAUCCCAAACUUUGCACGUCGGAAAACUGUUGGCCGACGCCUUCAUCUACGCCAGCCGACUGGUUGAGAUACGCUACGCGAUGUGGAUGUUCAACUCCAACUUCUGUAGCUACUUGUCUCGUAAGUGGAGCUCUGACGUCUUUAGAAAUCAACUUUUUUGAAGAUUUCACCGGCACCAAGAACUAUGAUCGCAACGUGCCUCAAGAGUUUGUUCGCUACCUCAGUGAGACGAAGGAAAAUCGUUCGAUGCGCUCGAAACGUGUCAAAUCUGAAAUGGAUCCGGAAAGCAAGAAAUAUGGUAAACUAUUGUCGAAACUUCAGAAAUAUUGAAAUUCAUGGUUUCAGUGCAUCACAGAGUCACUUCUCAGCGUUUCCCUGCCACUCAACCGAAGGUAAACAUUUUUUUUUCAAAUGAGAAUUCAGAUUUAAAAUGAAUGAUGAAACAUUCUUGAAAAUAUUAUCAUGAGAAAUAGCUGACGGGAAAAAUUAUCUCUGAAUCGAAACUUACUGUUUCAAACAUAGUUUUGUUCAGCCUAACAGUAAGACAAAAAAUAAAAUAGUUUUUUUUUGCUCAAUUUACAGCUGAAAGCCUUUGUUGAACGGAGGUUUAAUCCAGCCGUCAUUGGAAAAGAUGCUCUUUUGGAUUCUUCGAUAUUAUUUCGAGCUUAUUAGUUUUUUUAAAUCAACUUCAUGCCUCUUUGACAAAAACAAAGGAAUUUUUAGCCCUCUUCUUUGAGCGCCUCUCAUCGUCCUCUACAACACGCUAGAUCCAACCCGACCACGAGUAAUUACAACAACAACGGUGCUGCGAAACUAUAA